CCGGAAACUAGGGUUCAGGGGGGUGGAACUGCAGGCUUUCCGGCGGAAGUGGUGUGGUUCUUGUCAACAGAGGCUCCGGUGAAUAGUGUUAGUGUGGAAGUGAGCGGAGAUAGGUGUGUAGGGGAGGCUUAUGUGUGAUAGCUGAGGGAGGGCACACAGUGCAUUGCAAGACUUCCCUCUACCCGACUCUGCUCAAUGGCUGGAAUCAAAGCUUUGAUUAGCCUCUCAUUUGGAGGAGCAAUCGGUCUGAUGUUUCUUAUGCUCGGCUGUGCGUUGCCACAAUACAGUGAAUAUUGGCCAUUGUUUGUGUUGUUUUUCUACAUAUUGGCCCCUAUUCCAUACUGCAUUGCAAGGAGAGCAGUAGAUGAAACAGAUGCUGCCAGUAACGCCUGCAAGGAACUGGCCAUAUUUCUCACAACAGGAAUAGUUGUCUCUGCAUUUGGGCUGCCAAUUGUAUUUGCUCGAGCAAUGGUGAUUCGUUGGGGAGCAUGUGCGCUGGUUCUCACAGGAAACGCAGUGAUCUUUUCCACAAUAUUAGGCUUUUUCUUAGUGUUUGGAAACAAUGAUGACUUCAGCUGGCAGCAGUGGUGAGGCGUAGUAAAAUGUCUCUCUGCAAUGAGCCUGACUCCCAUGAACACCCGUUCAGCCAGUAGGACAGUGUGCAGUAACUGUAGCUCCACCCUGGCACUAGCAUGCGGAGUCCUGCCACAUUGUUUAAUCAUGCUUUUUGCCAUGGACAUGCUGUAUGGCUUACCAGAAAAGCGCUUUAAUGAAGAAAAAUCUUUCUUCCGUGAUGUUGUUUUUGUCUGAUUCAAUAUUCAGACCUUUUUAUGUAUCAUUGAGGUAAUCUAUUUCAUGAUAAAUAUACAUGUAGUUUUAUUCCUGUUUUUUUUUAUUUUUUUUUAAACGCCAAAAACCUUUUGUCCAUUCCCUACAUGAGGUCAAGGCCUCACUUUACCAAAUGAGUCCAAGUGAAAAUCUGCCAUGUAUAAUGCACUUUUUUUUUUCUGGUGUUAAAACAUACAUUUUUAUUUUAUGUUUAACUGACAAUGUUUUGGCAACCAUCUCUGACUGAAAUGGCUGAUGUAACUAUUUUUAUUUAUUAUUUUGUUAAUUAGCAAUGGCGUUUUGUAAAAAAAAUGUUUUUGUGAUUUUGAAAAAUUUGUUACAGCUUCUCACCAGACAGUGAAGUCAGAUACUAAUGCUGCAGUACCAGUGGCUUCCUGAGACAUAACAUAGCCUACAAAAAUCAAACUGGUACUACAUUUUACCAGUUUGGAAAAAUUAAUCAUUUCUAUUGUAUCAUAAAUUGACAAUGUAAGUUGGCAUGAGGAAAUACGUGUAUCUAAACUCAAACUAAUAUAUUGCAGCAUGCUAGUCUUUUUAGAUGAGGGGCCUGUAAAAGUUUUCUUCAAGCUUCCCCCCCCUCCCUUACUAAACCUGGGCAUAACACACCGCCUGUACCUGAUUUGCCACACUGACUCCUCCCAUUUUAUCCAUGGAAGCAGCCAUGGUUAAGUCUGGCUGUCGUGUCUGGCUCCACUUCAACGCGGUUUGUGAAAUGUGACAUUACAUUUAACAAAUGCAUUUCACAUACUGGGCCCAGGCUAUUUAAAUCAAUAGCCUGAUUCUCCUCUAACAAAUGUGAGAGUUUAAUUGUUUUAAUUUAAAGUGAUUUUAAAGGCUGUUGUUUAAAAAAAAAAAAUACUUGCCUCCUCUGUGCAGUUGGUUUUGCACAGAGCAGCCCAAAUCCUCCCCAAGCUGAAUCAGAGCUCUGCAUAUCUAUUCAGACAUGAGCCCUGACCUGGCCAUGCCCCCUCUUCCCUGAUUGGAUGACUGACUUUGACAGCUGCGAGAGCCAAUGGCACCGCUGCUGUCUCAGCCAAUCAGAAGGAAUGUCCUGGAUAGCUGAGGGGAUUGUAGAUAUUGCUGAAGAGAGAAGGGGCUCAUGUAGGUGCUGGGGAGGCUGCUACACAGAAGUUUUUUUUUUUUUUGUCUUAACGCAUAGGUUGCAUUAAGAUAAAAAACAAAAACCUUCUGCCUUUACAACUCAUUUUAAGUGGACAUAAGUUAAAUUUAAUUAAUUGUUAAAAUUGAGUGGACGUCAAGCGUGCCUGCUUGAUUUAAUUCAAUUACAUGGGGGUGAUCAGCACAGUAGUUGUUUUGCAUCCAGUUUAUCAUUAAGGAAGUGACAAUGUCACUACAUUUCUUGCAAGAUCAACAGGUGUACUUGCUGGAAAUUUUCUUGGCCUAAAAAAAAAAUAAAACUGAUGCAGCCACCACAUCUUAGGACUGUUACGCAGCAAUACAUUAUAUUUUUGUUGCGUUUUAUUAUUUGCUUUAAGGAUGUAUAAAGCGGCCAACUGAAGAAGAGUCCCUGAUUCUGUAACAACUAAAGUGCUUAAUUUUCCUGUUGCUGGAGUAGCUUAGAACAUACUACUAAGAUAUUGAUUGGUUGAUAUGAGAGAGACAAAGUUCUUCAGUCAGAAAGCUCAAUCUGAGACAUUUCCUGGUGCUCAAGGCCCUGUACAAACUGGGUGUUUUAGCCCCAGUGCAUGUGGUGGAGGGUCCAGGAGUACAGUCCAGCCACCUUGCUGGCAGCCUGUCAAACUCUGAGAGACUGACAGCUGCUGUAGCUGGAUGGUGCACCUAGCAGUACUUCCAUUUAGUGCAUUGUAUGCCCAGGGAUGAGUUCUUGGACCUAAACAUUGGAGCCCCAUAAAUGCUCAGUGAGCAUGGGGCAUAAAGCAUCUCUGUCAUCCAUUUGUAGAAUCUGUACUCUCUUCUAGAGCUAAAUAAUCUUCAGUAUCCAACAUAUUUCUGGGUGUGUCAGAUCCCUGGUCCCCCCUUCUGUGCUCUGUGGUUUUGUCUGCCAGUCCCUACAUCACUACUCUAUCCUGUAGCAAUGCAGGGCCCAGCAGACUGAACCGUAGCAUGUAGCGGGGGACACUGGCAUCCCAUACUAUUGGAAGUGUCAGGUGUGGAAGAUCCUGCUGAAGGCCAUAGCUCUUGAGGAGGUGAAUGGUUAGUGGGAUAGGCCAGGGUGAUUUUUAUUGAUUUAAUUUUUAUUUAUUAUUAUUUUUUGGAUAGCAACAGAGUCACUAGGCUUAUUAUUUUGAAGCACACUCCAUUUUAAAUGGCAUCUGAAAUUAAAAUGUUAUUAAAGUUUAAUAAAAAAUUAAAUUUACCUGAUCAAAUACUAAAUAUCUAGAUGAUAUUUGCCUUCUGUGGAACAUGUACAUUGAAUCGUUAGUAAAUGUAUAUGUUACAGUAGCCCCAGGGCCUGAUUAAGUUCCUGUUCAGUAAACAGUUGUCCUGCAGUAAAAUGCAUAUAUUUAGGUAGAAAUCCCAAAUGGGCCCAUGUGUUUGAUUUUCAUCUAUGGCUGCAGCUUAUAGUGUUUUUGAAUAAAACAUUUCACAUUUUGUGCAUUUGUAAAUGCAUUAAGCAGGUUUAUUGCAAGGAAUGGGAAAUGCACGUAUCCUGCAGUUUUUCUAUAUUUUUAAACACCAUGAAAAUGCCACGUUUUUCAGCCUCAUGUGCAUGAUGUAUCAAGAAAGAACAAGCAUGUAAAACUUACAAACAGGCACAUGAACACAUCUAGUGAUGUGUUAAAACUUCUAUUGCAAACUCAUGUGAUGGGACCUUACUGCAGUGUGGAGUGUUGUGAUGUUCCCCUCGUGUGCAGGUGAAUUUUAAUAAACGGACCUUCUUUCACUUCCCUUUCACACUUUAAGUCUGGUCUUUGAGGUUAGAAGCACCUGCACAAAACCUCAAAUUACAGUGGUUUACAGUUUUACUUCUUGUUCAGUCCUGCACUGGAAAAAUAAGUUUCGAUCUGACUGCUGUUAGCAACAUAGUAUUAAAAAAUAAAGCUCAUCAUCAAAUAUUGAACACACAGGUAGGUUAUAAUUGAUGGGGUUUGCUGCUUUUACAACUUAAUAAUGUACUUGAAAUAUUGCUUUACCUUAGAUGACACAUAUAGAGACAAAAACUAGAAAAGGUAAUUGGCUGAUUUAUAUAUAUUUGUGAAAUUUUAGCUUGGAGUUGUCUUGCAGGAGCGAAAUGGACUCAACAGGACAAAAUGAAAGGUUUAAACAUAUUUUGUCAUUUGGAAAACCAUUCUGGUGCAUGAUUUUGGAUAUCUUUUAAUCAUUAAAGCUGCAUCUGUCUAGUUUUUAUCUGUCAUUCCUGUUAACAAUCGUUGCUUACCUAAGAUUCGUAAUGCUGUCAUUGAUAUUGCAUAAAAUGUAUACUUUUAACUGUCAUAAAUUCAAUUCAGCUGUGAUUUUCUUCUUGCUGCACAAGCAUUAUGGUAGCUUAACAUAACAGAUGCACCCAUCUUUCCUUUUUCAUGUUAGUAUGUAAAUAUUAAGAAAAGAUGGAUCUUUAAUAUUAUAACCAUUGACUAAACAUUAAACUGGAAUGAUGAGGUACUGUGACAAUACACUGCUUAGAUUCUUCCAUACUCAGGGCAACUAAUCACCACGUGUGUGUGUGUGUGUGUGUGUGUGUGUGUGUGUGUGCGCGCACGCACAAACACAGCAGGUUUUUUUUUUUUUUGGACAUACCUAGUCUGCCUUCUUGGUUCACCAUCUCCUGCAAUGUUAAAAAGUUAUCGGUAGCAGAAGAGGUAUUGCUUGAAUUCAUAGAAGGAUAAUCUAUUGUGCAUAGUGCUCGUUCCAGGUAUAGAAACAGGGUAAUGUUGUGGUCUUGCAUUAUAAUUCAAAGCAUUGCAAGCCAUAUAUUUAAUAAGAUGCAAUAAAAUGACCUUCCUCUCUCCAAGAUGCUAGACUUGUAUAUUUAUGCACUGUACAGUUAAAGGAUUACUAAACAUGUAUAUGUAUUAUUUCACUUUGGUUAGCAGUGUGUACAUGUAUACAUUUGUAUUCAUUUUUUUGUGUAUGCUUAUCAGUCACCCAAAGAGAUCCCUCUUUACUUCUGUCCAAAUGUUUUUGUCAAUUUCUCUUA